UCCAUGUUAUGACCAAAUGUCAAGUGUCACAAAUGUGUCAAACAUGAAAAUAGUGAAACCAAAUACAUAAUUAAACACAGCAACAUUUUUGUUGCAAAAUUGAAUUCAUUAUUUUUUUUGUAGCUAAGCAGAAUGAACCGAGAACGACGAGGAAAUGCGGGAAACCGCAUGGCAAAACUAUUAGAUGAAGAGGAAGAAUGUCAAGAUGAAUUUUACAAACAAAAUUAUGGUGGUUUUGAAGAUACAGAGUCUGAUCAUGAAUACGAAGUUGAAGAAGAAGGCGAUGACAUUGUGGAUUCAGAUUUUAGCAUAGAUGAAAAUGAUGAACCAGUUUCAGAUGCUGAAGGAGAGGAAGGACAGAAAAAAAAGAGAAGACUUGUUACUAAAGCUUACAAGGAACCACUUCCCAUACUGAAAAAAGAGAAACAAAAGCCGAAACCUAAGUCAUCAAGCCCUAAACAGAAACCCAGUUAUCAUCAUCAUCAUCAUCGUGAACAUUUUGGAAGAAAAUCAAUUAGAAAGUCAACGGCAGCAAAAACAGCUGAAACGGCACAGCGAUUAAAGGUUAGAGAUCAAGAACAAAGAAAAAAAGUCAGAAAACCAGUAGCCGAAGAAUGGAUACCUACGCAGGAAGAAUUGUUGGAGGAAGCAAAAAUUACGGAAUUAGAAAAUCUCAAAUCUUUAGAGAAGUACCAAAAGAUGGAAAGUGAGAAAAAAACGAGGAGAUCAAUUAAAAAAGUUUAUUCAGGUCCCAUGAUUCAGUACAAAUCGUGUAAAAUGCCAAUAAUUGAAGAAAUGGAUACGACACCAAGUGGUGAAAAACAGGAAGAUCAGCCAACACCCCAAAAAUAUUGUGAAAGAACGUUUAUAACUCUUUUGAAUGACCCAAAUGACGUUUCAUUCAAUAAAGUGUUCAACAUCAGACCUGCUCCUAUCCUUCCCAAAAAACUCAAAUGUGCUGUCACGGGAAAGCCUGCAAAAUAUAUUGAUCCAGUUACUUGUGUUCCAUAUCAUAACAGAGUCUGCUUGAAAAUCAUCAGGAUAGCCUACUAUGAGCAUUUGGAAAAAAACGGAGACAAGACCAAUCCCAUGGUGGCAGAUUUUCUGAAGUGGCUGUCUCAGAACAAAAAGAAAUUCAGGAAAGAGUUAGUUGCCCCAGAGCAGAAGGUUCUUUUUCAGUAGUACGUGUCAUCAACUUGAUAACAAUAAAAAGUAAUUUUCAUUUUAUUUUGUUUGUGAGACAUACCAGAUCAUCUUUCAUUAAACUUUUUAGAA